CGGGCACCGCGAUUUAAUGAGAUUAGUGAAAACAGUGACACCCCGGGCAUUGAUUUUAAUUUUGCGGUUCUUAAUUGAUGUGCUUUUGAUCGCGGCCAGGAGAAAAAGACAUUAGUUUGCAUCAGUGGUAAUUGCUUGAGGUGUUGCGGAUUUGUAACAGGUUCACCUUCAUGAUGCAACGAAACUGACUUCUGCUUAGCGACAGAAAAACAAACAGACCACCACUACCAGAAAAAGAAUAAAGAGGUGAGGAAAAUGUACACGUCAACGUACGAAGGACACAUCUCUGAAGAUUUCGACAAUGGCGACAAUAGGAACUAUUGUGCCAACUCCCGCCAGUUCUCGGUUAGCAGCUUGCUCAGAUUGGGCAACAAAAGGCGGGCUUCUGACGCUGACUCCGGUGAAGGGCGGCAGCGAAAAGUUUGUGACAUUGAACUUACUGGUCGGUUCUCGUGA